CAUAAUUCCUCGACUCAGCAUCAAUAUUUCCUUUUUGGAAGCAGUCUAUCUAGAACAUCGUUACACAUAACACUACUAUUCAGACCAGUAUCGGGUUCUCACCAAGCGCGUCGCGAAUACCUACCCUACCAAUCCCUACGAACAAUCUGGUAUCAAAUUCAAGAUGUGCUCGUACACAUACUCGUGGUAUUACUGUAACCACGACUACUACAUCUGGGCCAACAGCAUCGAAGUCUGCUCCUCGCGCCUCCUCUCCGGCUACUCCUACGACGCCUGGUCCAUCGACAUGUGUUCCAAGAUGAAAAUCGAAUGCGGCGGCUUCUCGAAUUACUACUGCACUGAUUGUUCGGAAGAUGUGGCGUUGGAGUUUGAGUUGGAUGAACUGUAGAUAGCCGGCUCGGUCGGCUUGCAAGGAUCGAGACGGUACGCUUCACUUUCGACUUCACUCCACAUGCUUGCCCUGCGUCUCGUCUGGGAAGAAGUGC